AUGGCGCCCUGGUUGCAGCUGCUGUCACUACUGGGGCUGCUACUGGGCGAUGCCGCCGCCGCCCCCGCGCCGGUCUGGGAGCCGCCGACCUCGGAGCUGCUGAAACCGGGCCGCUUCGCGCUGAGGAUGUACAACCGCGGCCGGGCGGCGGAGAACCGGGCCACACUGGGGGCCAUCCGCGGGCGUGUCCGCCGGGCGGGCCGGGGGUCACUGUACUCCUUGGAAGCGACACUGGAGGAGCCACCCUGCAACGACCCUACUGUGUGUCAGCUCCCUCUGUCCAAGAAAACCCUGCUCUGCAGUUUCGAGGUCCUUGAUGAGCUAGGCAAACACAUGCUGCUCAGGCGGGACUGUGGCCCAGUGGAUACCAAGGUUGCAGGUAGUGGGAUAGCCCAAGGAUGUUGGGAUAGUGGGGGCCAGGCCUCCUUUAGGCUCAGCCUUGAUUCUCUUCCCUUCCACCCCCAUCUAGACAACACCAAUGAAACCCUGAAUUGGGUCCUCCCACUGAUGAACAAGGAUCUCCUGCCCAAGAACUUUUCUGAGAAGAUGGCUUCAAUCUUCAAGAACUUUGUCACCACCUAUAAUCGGACUUAUGAGACGAAAGAAGAAACCAAGUGGCGCAUGUCUGUCUUCGCCAAUAACAUGAUGCGAGCGCAGAAGAUUCAGGCCCUGGACCAGGGCACAGCUCAGUAUGGGGUCACCAAGUUCAGCGACCUCACAGAGGAGGAGUUCCGUACCAUCUACCUGAAUCCCCUCCUAAGAGAAGACCCUGGCAAGAAGAUGCGCCUGGCCAAGAUCCCCAAGGACCCUCCACCUCCUGACUGGGACUGGAGGACAAAGGGAGCUGUCACCAAAGUCAAGGACCAGGGCAUGUGUGGUUCCUGCUGGGCCUUCUCCGUGACCGGCAAUGUGGAGGGCCAGUGGUUCCUGAACCAGGGCACCCUGCUCUCCCUCUCUGAGCAGGAGCUCUUGGACUGUGACAAGGUGGACAAGGCCUGCAUGGGCGGAGUGCCCUCCACUGCCUACUCGGCCAUAAUGACCCUGGGAGGGCUGGAGACAGAGGAAGACUACAGUUACCAGGGUCACAUGCAAGCCUGCAGCUUCUCUACAGAGAAAGCCAAGGUCUACAUCAAUGAUUCUGUGGAACUGAGCCGCAGCGAGCACAAGCUGGCAGCCUGGCUGGCCAAGAACGGCCCUAUCUCCGUUGCUAUCAACGCCUUUGGCAUGCAGUUCUACCGCCAUGGGAUUGCCCACCCACUCCGGCCCCUCUGCAGCCCGUGGCUCAUCGACCAUGCUGUGCUGCUUGUGGGCUAUGGAAACCGGUCCGACGUCCCUUUCUGGGCCAUCAAGAACAGCUGGGGCAGUGAUUGGGGCGAGGAGGGCUACUACUACCUACAUCGUGGAUCUGGGGCGUGCGGUGUGAACACCAUGGCCAGCUCGGCGGUGAUAGACUGA